AAAAAAUGUCAUAGUGUUUCAUUUUUUCACACUUUUAAAAGGAAAAAUGUCUCAUAACGUGUCAUUUUUUUAACGAAAAAUAUUAAAACACAAAACAUAGAAGGCUGGCGUUGCUAUGACGACCGAUCAACACAUCUGUCAAAAAUUAAAAUGCUUCUAAAAUUUUUGAAAUUUAGUUUUUAUUUGAGUUCUUUGUGUUAGUUUUCUUGCUGUUUUGUGGUAAUUUGUGUGGUCGUACAAUGGAUUCGGACAGCGAUGAGAAUUUCUCGUGCACCCACACUGAAUCCAUUGCCGGAAAAGCCCACGGGCCAAUGUUUAAAAAAAUAUGAUUUAGAGCUGAAGAAACAAGUCUGUAGUUUUGCUGAAAAAGGUUCCAUCGGCAAGGAAAAUAGAAAGUGCAACAAGUGAAGAGGCAUCCGGCGGAUCAAUGACGUCUAGAACACGAUAACUUAAUAAGAACAGGCAUGAGGAUAAUUGUAACGGGCAGUGUUGUUGUGCUUGUGGUGUGAGGUCGCGAGUAACUUACUGGAGAGUGGCGAGUUUGAGUGUUCGAGUUCGGGUGCGCGAGGGCGACGCGACGAAGACGAUGCCUCCAGCAUGUUGUUGCCGGACGAGACGUACGAGCAGGGCGCCGUGGUCGCGGGACACCUGCUGGCCAUGCUCAGGGUCUACGACGACUUCUUGGCCCGGUAUCGGAUCCGCCCGGAGUUUUUCUGCAGAUAUCGCGAAAAAGAAGCUUUGCAGAAACGGCUUAGUCGCGUGGUAGAAGCGGCUUCUAGGAGCAGCAGGCGACACUCGAGCUCGCAAGAUGCGUCGUCGUCGAACGAAGCCGUCCACCUCCAGCAGCGCCUCCGCAGCCUCAGCACCGAGCUCGUGACCCUCCGCAACCGCCUCCAUGUGCAGGGCGCGCCCGCCGCCCCCCUCAAGGGCUCCGCGCUACCGGUGCCGCUGCCGGGUAGCCAGCCCGUCGUGCCGCCCCGCAGCGUCCCGGCCGCUCCCGCGCCCGUGGUGGCCGUGCCCGAGUGCCGCCCCCUGGCGCCCACCGCCGGCGCCGACCUGGAAGACCUCAUCCACCUGCAGGGGCCCCUCACCGAGGACGCGGUGAUGAAGUGCCUGCAGGCGCGCUUCGCCGCUUCCAACUUCUACACCAACGUGGGACCCAUCCUGCUCUGCGUGAACCCGUACCGAGACGUCGGCAACCCGUUGACUCUGAGCAGUACCCGCGGCCUGGCCUUGAGCCCUCAACUCAACAGGGUGGUUCAGGAAGCUGUCAGACAACAAUCCGAAACGGGUUAUCCCCAAGCAAUCAUACUUUCAGGAACCAGCGGCUCGGGCAAGAGCCAUGCCUCAAUGUUGUUAUUGCGGCAACUUUUUGCGGUGGCAGGCGGAGGUCCGGAGACGGACGCCUUCAAGCACUUAGCGGCGGCCUUUACAGUAUUACGUUCCUUAGGCUCGGCCAAAACGGCCACCAACUCCGAAUCCAGUCGCAUCGGUCAGUUCAUCGAGGUGCAAGUGACGGACGGGGCCUUGUACAGGACGAAAAUCCACUGCUACUUCUUGGACCAAACCAGGGUGAUCCGGCCGCUGGCCGGCGAGAAGAACUACCACAUUUUCUACCAGAUGCUCGCCGGGCUGUCGUCGGAGGAGCGCAGCAAGCUGAAUCUGGACGGACACACCCCUGGAAGUCUGAGGUACCUGCAACACGGCGAUACGCGCCAAGAUCUCGCCGAGGACUCCUCGAGGUUUCAGACCUGGAAGACCUGUUUGGGCAUCCUCGGCAUUCCGUUCUUGGACGUGGUGCGGGUGCUCGCGGCCGUCCUUCUCUUGGGUAACGUGCAAUUCAUAGACGGGAAAGGUCUCGAGGUGGACGUGAAGGGCGAGACCGAGCUCAACGCCGUGGCCGGUCUGCUCGGGGUGUCGGGGGCGGCGCUCUUCCGCGGCCUCACCUCCCGCACCCACAACGCCCGCGGCCAGCUCGUCAAGUCCGUCUGCGACGCCAACAUGUCUAACAUGACCCGGGACUGUCUCGCCAAGGCGCUGUACUGCCGCACCGUCGCCACCAUCGUGCGGAGAGCCAACAGUCUGAAGCGUCUCGGGUCUACAUUGGGCACGCUCAGCUCGGACUCCAACGAGUCGGUGCACAACCAGGCGGAGGUGACCAGCCAGCAUGCGUCGACGGUCGGGGGAAGCACCAACGCCGGUAGCAAGUCGAUGGCCGCGCUCAACAACGCCGUGCGCCACGCCACGGACGGGUUCAUCGGGAUCUUGGACAUGUUCGGGUUCGAGGACCCCAAGCCCAGCCAGCUGGAGCACCUGUGCAUCAACCUGUGCGCCGAGACCAUGCAGCACUUCUACAACACGCACAUCUUCAAGUCGAGCAUCGAGUCGUGCCGGGAUGAGGGCAUCAACUGCGAGGUGGAGGUCGACUACGUGGACAACGUGCCGUGCAUCGACUUGAUCUCGUCGCUGCGCACGGGUCUGCUGAGCAUGCUGGACGUGGAGUGCUCCAUCAGGGGCACGGCCGAGUCGUACGUGGCCAAGAUCAAGGUUCAACACAAACACAACACCCGACUAUUUGAGCCCAAACCUGUGGACCCCCGCCUCUUCGGCAUCCAGCACUUCGCCGGCCGGGUGGUCUACGACGCAAGCGACUUCUUGGACACCAACAAGGACGUGGUCCCGGAUGACCUGGUGGCCGUCUUUUACAAGCACAACUGUAACUUCGGCUUCGCCACGCAUCUCUUCGGUAGCGAACUGAAGGCGCUCUAUUCCGUCGAGAGCGUGCCUCGAGGGGUUAGCUUCCGGAUAUCCCCCACGUCUCACACCGACCUCUUGAACGGCGACGAGCCCGUGUCCACUCUCACCCAGGACUUCCACACCCGCCUCGACAAUCUCCUGCGGACUCUCGUUCACGCUAGGCCCCAUUUCGUGCGGUGCAUUCGCAGCAACUCCCAAGAGACUCCCAACAGGUACGACCGCGGAACCGUCGUCCGACAAAUCCGAUCCUUACAAGUCCUGGAAACUGUUAACCUGAUGGCUGGGGGGUACCCACACAGGAUGCGCUUCAAGGCGUUCAACGCCAGGUACCGCCUCCUGGCGCCGUUCGCGCGGCUGCACCGAACCGACGACAAAGUCACCGAGGAUUGUCACCUGAUCCUUCAGUACGUGGUGGACCUGAUCUCCAAGCAGCACAAUAGCUUGGUGUCGACGAGUUGGGCGCUGGGCAAGCGCCACAUUUUUCUGAGUGAGGGGAUUCGGCAGCACUUGGAGAACCUUCGGACGGAGACCCGACAGAAGGCGGCUACGUUGAUUCAGUCGACGUGGCGGGGGUGGCACUGUCGGUACCGGUGGGCGGCGCUGCGUCGGGAGAAGGAGCACAAGUCUGCCUCGGCUUCCACUACGCUCAAUAAUCGGACACCGAUCGGGGGGGCUAUCGCCAGGCCGCGACCUCAACCCAUCGCGGGCACGCCGCCCCCGGAUCCCAACGAGAAGUGCGACGCUAAGAUCAUCCAGCAGACUUGUAAUUUGUUUGGGCUGGAUUUGGAGCGGCCGCCUCCGGUGCCGCCGAGUCGUUCCUACACCGUCUCCGGCAACACCAAGCUUGGUUACCCCCAAACUCGCGUGAUGAAGAUGUCGUACCCUGAGGACUGCGGCGGGGACGGGCAGAUUCUCAUGAAGGGAGAGACUGUUUUAGUUGUAGGAGCUUCGCAUCGACGAGGUCACUUGAUCGUCGAGCACAAGCACUGUACUUUCCACGUGCCGUUCCAGUACUUGGAGCUGAAACAGAGUGUCAAUAUUUAAACUUGCCAUUUUAUGUAGGUUGUAAGUUGUAAUAUAUUAGGUUUAGUAGACGAGUAGGUGUUUUCCUUUCUUACUUUUUGAGAUGUGUUCAUUGUAUAGUAAUGCCUCUGCAGCCAUAUUCUUGCAGGUACUCCUAAAUGUAAUUAUAUUUUAUAAGACAGCCAAGACGUUGUGUACAAACCGUAACUUAAAUAUACAUAAAACUGUCCUAUUUAA